AUCAGUUGAAUGUUAGUCUUCGUUAUGGAUGUGUGUGAACGUUUAAGUAAAAAUUAUCUGAUGGACCAAAAAGACGUGCGCGCCUUUGUGAAGGGGCGUCGCAUCGAUUGGCAGCAUGAAGUCUACCAGAACAAGCGAAAUGCCAGCCCGGAAUUCAGCUUCGGCGAUCGAUUCAUACCCAAACGCUUUAAGGCCGAGUGCAUUGAUUACAAUCUGAAAUAUCUGGGCAAGACGAAAGAGCAGGAUCUUCUGAAAAUGAAUCUAACACAAUCGUCGAGCUAUUGGCGCCAGGGCAGCUUCGUGUCCGCCAUAAACAAUGUAUUUAAUAUACAAGAGGGUCGUUUGCUUCAGUUCAGCAAUAUGCAAAGCAAAUACUCCAAGACGAAUACGCGCAAGCCGAAAACGGACAGAGAUUGGCCCUGCCAGCCACGCAUCCGGCCGAUGGCGUUUCCCACGGCCACCAACGAAAUGCCCGAGCUGUGCACAUCGUUCGAUCAUAAUAUGAUGGACUGGUCGACCAACGGCCAAAUGGCCCUUUCCUUUGGCGAAAACCUGAUCAUCUGGCGGAAUCAGAAUGAUACCAGCAUGAUAUUCAAUGUGGAGCGGACAAGUGCCGUAAAAUAUUCGCCAAAUGGCAGAUACCUGGCCAUUGGCUGUAUGGAUGGUGAAAAUCCCGUUUUAGAGCUUUGGCUAGUGCAAUCACGAAACGAGUUUCUAGUAGCCGAUGGCAAAUAUCUGCCCAGAUCUUUCGAGUCGAUAUGCUGCAUUGAAUGGAUGGAGGCGAAAGAUGAGAUUGUCUGCGGCAUGAAAUGCGGCUUAAUUGUGGUACUGAACUUCCAGACGAUGACCAUAGAGCACGUCUUGCGUAAGCAUACGAAUAAAAUCUGUUGCAUGCGCUUCUCGCCGACGAGACGCUACUUGGCCACAGCCGAUGUCCAGGGCCAUAUAUACAUAUUCGAUGGCUCGCUAUAUAAGGUGAUAUUGCGUUUGGGCGCCAAGGCGGGCGGCAUUGUCUUUGACUGGCAUCCAUGGCUGGCCAAGGAGUUGGCCAUUUCGGAAAAACGACGUUCAUCCAUUUACAUAUUCCAUGUGCCGCGCCGUGAAAUUGUUGCCUAUUAUCAGCGCGGAGAUGAGAAGAUUUUAAUCAACUCGAUCAACUUUAGUAAGAUCACGGGCGAGUUGCUGGUCAACAUUUAUAGACGUGACGAAAACGGUUGUCCGUGCUGUGAGAUUUUGGUGCUUGCCUCAUUGAACCGUGUCGUUGAUAUUUUGACGCAUCAGGACAGAGGAGCACUGUUUAUGAUGUGGAGUCCGGAUGGCACUAAGCUCGCCGCGGCUGGCCUUGAUGAGUCCUUCUCGGUUUGGGAAUUCUAUCCCAGCGACAAAUUGGAUGCGCUGGAGAAAAAAGAAGAGCGCAAGAAUACAAAGCGUAGCGCUUUAGAACUUUAUUCGUUUCUGAGAUAAAUUCCAAUCAAAUUGUUGUUUUU